AUGCCAUGCAAGGGUCAAAUAGUCUUCUCGGUGAACCCAAGACCGUGGAAACGUGCAAGAACAAGAAUCCCUACUUCCUGUGGGCCAUGUCGAAGACGGAAGUCAAGAUGCGACAAAGGUAAACCAUGUGGCGCAUGUCUGAAAAGCAAGACUGCCAAGUUUUGUAAUUACGAAGAAGAUUAUGAACAACGGAAUGGGAAUGUUGAUUCUUUAGGAAGACCGCAUGGUUUAUCAAUUGGUUCUGAAAGUACGAUAUCCUCAGCUACUGAGUUCCAAUUCUCCCCCCCAGGUAUUACGUUCAAUGAUAUUAAGAAGGCGGGUGGUGGCGACCAACAAGGCGAUGAUAACUUCAGCAAUUUUGUUAAUAGAGUUCCUUCCUUACUGAAGGUCGACGGCAACAACAAUACUCGUGAUAAUAUUGUGGAUCAAGCAACUACAAACAUGUCUGCUCUUUCACUGAUAGCCAUCCAAGCCGAGGAUCAUCAACGGGAAGUUGCUACUCUUCGAGCUCAAAUAGAGUCAUUAAAACAGACCGUACAGCUUCAAAAGCAAAGCUUAGCUGAGCUAUCACAACAGAAACAACAACAAUGUAAAUGUCAUAAGCGGAAGGUACGGGAGUUCUCCGGGUACAUGGUUAAAGAUUCCAAACUUACAUUCUAUGGACCAACAUCUUAUAUGUCACUUAUUAUGGAUGACAAAUACACCUGUGACAUCUUAGCAGAAUAUCUGAAAAGACAACUGGAAUCUUACGAAGAGUUUUCAGAAGUACAACUGACAGAGCAUUGUGAUGUGACGAGUAGUAAUCAAGCCACUAACAAAAACAGUAAUGCUGAUGUCACAGCUUCCGUAACAAAUGAUUUGCCGUCGCUUUCCAUAGUAAAGGUGUUAGUUGAACGAUUCUUCAAAUAUUGUUACCCCUUUGCUCCCUUUAUAGAAAAGAGGGCCUUCAUGAAAGAGUUAGACUUGGCUAUUAAAGAUAACGGAGAACACGCAAAACUUUCCUUUGAAUCUAAAAGGUACAAUGCCAUUGCUAUAUUAUUGGUGAUGCUAAGAUUUGCUUAUUUAACCAUCCCUUUCAAGGAGUACUCCAAGGGUAACUUAUCCAAACAAGACAAUAAACUAGUGGAAUUAUUCAAAGAUUCCAACCUUACCAUAUCACCAACGUAUGUUGAUGUGGCCUAUCGGUUAAUUAUGUCAUCAUUGACUGGCCUAAGGAGGGUCAAUCUUCCAUUCAUUCAAGGGUUACUAUUGAUCCGGAUCUACAAAAUGUAUUGUCCUGAAGAUGACGACAACAUGCAAGACACGGGGUUAUUACAAAGUUUGAUAGUUCAACUGUGUCGACAACGAGGAAUCAAUAAAGACCCCUCUGGAUGUCCCGAGAAUAUCAUAGAUGCUAACAAGGCUUAUAUAUGGCAGAAACUUUGGACAAUGGUGAAAUUCACUGAUGCUACGUAUGCCUUUAAUUCUGGAGGAAUGACAUUAACAGGGAUUGAAGGCGAGAGCGACGAUGAACUUGAAAAGGGAGAUUUAUUUGAUAGAAUGGGUUAUGAUUUAUCUAGUGUUAUUGAUAAGCCAUUUAUUACUCGAAAACUUUGUUUAAUUGGUAGAAUAACCAAACUAAUAAGACGGGUAACUUCAGAAAUGUAUUUGAAACAAUUCGUUUGUGUUAAGGAGUUAGUGGGAACUUUGGAUGAAUUGAAAACCAUUUUAGACAAUGAUUUAAGAUCAUUUGAACAAUUGUAUAACAAUGUCUCUUAUUCAAUGUACCAAGGGUCUGUUGCAGAAAGAGUUGAAGAAUUUUUAAUUAGAUGUGAUGUUACGGUUGAAGUUUUCCAUUUGAAUAUGGUAGUUUUCCAAAUUUUAGAUCAUGAUCAGAAACAAGAAUUACUGGGGAUUUAUAAUAAAAAUACCAUUUUAGGUUCGGCAUUAGAGAAUUUCUUAACAUUAAUGAAGAUCUCAGAUAAACAUGCCUCUAUUCAAACACAAAUGUUUGGAGCAGAAUAUGUUUCUGUAAUGAUGUCCAGAGUCUAUAAGGCAUUGCAAAAAAUGGCUGGUCCCACAUGUACCAUAAUCAUAAGAGCACUGGAAGGAGUUAUUUCAAUCAAUGAAUUGGCCACUUAUUUCAGAAGUGCAGAUCUGGCAGGAUUAGCAUCUUGGGUAGGGUUAAAUUGGCAAGAUGAUUCAACAUCCUUGUUUAAUUUAUUUCAAAGAGUUUGUCAACUUUCUUCUCGAAGUCAAACAUUCUCCAAAAUCUGCUUAGGUGCUCAUAGAGUCCAUGCUAUCUUACGGAGUUGUGUUCCUUAUAUUAAAAGACGUUAUCCAUUCCUUCAAGAAGAUUCACUUUCAGAUACAAAGACUUUACCAUCAAAUGGACUGGUGGAAAAUGACGAUAUGCAAUGUACAUUUGGAAUGGAAUUUACUGAUGUUGAUGAACUUUGGAAUAAAAGACCAAUAUGGGAUACUUCAAUUGAUUUUGAUUACUUAUUUUCUCACUUAAACGAUUCCGGUUAUGAUCCCAUGGCAUUAGAAAGCAUCUUUUAUCAACCAGUUCAAUGA